AGUGAUUGAUUCAGAAUAUUUCCGCAAUAAUUGCUAAUACGAAUUUAAAUUUAUCAUGGCAAACCCCAAAGUUUUUUUUGACAUCACUAUGGAUGGAAACCCUGCAGGUAGAAUUGUUAUGGAGUUGAGGGCAGAUGUUGUUCCCAAGACUGCUGAGAACUUCCGGGCCCUCUGCACUGGAGAAAAGGGUUUUGGCUACAAGGGUUCUGGGUUCCACCGUGUCAUCCCUAAGUUCAUGUGCCAAGGUGGCGACUUCACCAAUCAUAAUGGAACUGGGGGCAAGUCUAUCUAUGGGAACAAGUUCGAGGACGAGAACUUUGAACUGAAACAUGAAGGAAUGGGCACCCUGUCCAUGGCCAAUGCCGGACCUAAUACCAACGGUUCACAGUUCUUCAUCUGCACUGCAGACACUGCUUGGCUGGAUGGAAAACACGUCGUGUUUGGAAAGGUCGUUGACGGCCUUGACGUGGUGAAGAAGAUUGAAAGUAAAGGAAGCAACAGUGGAAAGUGCUCCGCCAAGGUGAUCAUCGCAGACUGCGGUCAGCUCUGAAACCCCACCGUGUCCUUCCUCUCACC